AGCCUUGAUACCUCGAUGGCCACUAUUAUUGUAUGGAUUAUUUCCAUUAUGUAACCUCCAAUAUUUUCGGGGUUUUUAACCUUGUUAGUUUCAACAAUGUUUUCAAAUGUAUUAUAGUAAAGUAGCAAAUAUCAAAUAGAGUUAGCAGGGAUAUAAAAUAAUGUCUCUGAAAUGGAGAAAGUUAUUUCAAAUUCACAAUAUUCAACAGAGUUUAAAUUUCAUUAAUUUGACAGAUCGUAUCAGCUGUUCAACGCUAGCAUUUGUACCGAAAUGUCAACCCGUCGGAGAGAAAGAAUUAUCGGAAUUGGAAAGUUUCAUGACAAAUUCAAAUAAAAUAUGCGUUCUAACUGGUGCUGGAAUAUCAACGGAAAGUGGAAUUCCAGAUUAUAGAUCCGAAGGCGUAGGCUUGUAUGCCAGGAGUGACCGAAGACCUGUGUUGUACAAAGAGUUUUGUGAAAGUAAACAAACGAGACGACGAUAUUGGGCAAGGAAUUACGUUGGAUGGCCGAGGUUCUCUUCUUUUGUACCCAAUUCUACACACAAGAUACUGAAGAAUUUGGAAGAUGCGGGGAAAGUAAGCUGCGUAAUUACGCAAAAUGUAGACAAUUUGCAUUUCAAAGCUGGAAGUAAAAAUGUGAUCGAACUCCAUGGAACUGCUUUUAGAGUUACAUGUUUAAACUGCGACCAUAAAAUCUCUAGAUACGAUUUACAGAAAAUACUACAGCAAAACAAUAAAGACAUGAAGGCUGAAGCUCAGAUGAUGAGACCUGAUGGAGAUGUUGAAUUGUCGCAGGAUCAGGUUGAAAACUUUGUUGUACCAUCUUGCGGUAAAUGUGGAGGAAUAUUGAAACCUGACAUUGUGUUCUUUGGGGACAAUGUUCCACGGCAAAGGGUGGAUAAAGUAAAGCAGGAAGUGGAAAUGGCGGAUUCUUUACUGGUACUAGGAUCUUCACUUUCCGUUUUCUCUGGGCUAAGAAUAAUUCUUCAGGCAGUCGAGGCGAAAAGACCUAUAGCUAUUGUAAACAUUGGUAAAACAAGGGCAGAUCAGUAUGCUCAAAUUAAAGUAGCAGCAAGAUGCGGAGAAAUUCUCCCAAAAAUUUGUUCUUUAUAAGGUUAUUUGUAUAGUAAGUAAUAAACUUAUUUAAAAUAUUGUACAAAGUCAAGAAAAUAAAUAUUUCAAAUCAUCAAA